AUGGUCAAGGGUAUAUUGGUGAAUCGCAAAAGCGAUGAGACGCUUAAGUCCCAACUUAAAAUGGAGCAUGCCGAUCUGGUAGCUGAAAUGCAAACAGUGGAAAAUUUACCCACACACGAACGUUUACAACUGGCCAGAUUACGACGCGCUCAACAGUUGAAAGUGGCACGACAGAAAGAUAAGGAAUGGCUGAAACUGCAGCGUGCCAAGGGCAAUUUGAAUAAUCUUGGCAACAAUACCACAACACAUCAUUUUCGUAAUAGUAAUAGCAGCGGGAGGCAUAUAUCCUUCGAGAAUAGUGUUGUGCUACUGGAAGCUGCCAGUCGCAAUGAUAUGCAAGAAGUGGCGGAAUUGCUGGAGCAUGACAUCACACCAGAUGCAGCCAAUGAGGACGGUCUCACUGCGUUGCAUCAGUGUUGUAUUGACAAUAAUGUUGAAAUGUUAAAAUUAUUAUUGGAAUAUGGUGCUAAUGUUGAUGCACAGGACAGUGAUAAAUGGACACCUUUACAUGCAGCUGCUACUUGUGGCCAUUUGGAGCUUGUGCGUAUACUUAUUGAUCAUGGUGCUAAUUUGUUGGCAGUUAAUACCGAUGGUAAUAUGCCAUAUGACUUAUGUGAUGAUGAGAAUACCUUAGAUUAUAUUGAGGCUGAAAUGUCGAAACGUGGUGUUACACAGGAACUUAUCGAUGAAACACGUUCGUCGACAGAACGACAAAUGUUAAGGGAUUUAAUGGAUGCAGCGCAAAGUGGUAAAGACUUAGAAGAACCAGACUAUCAAGGCGCCACACCUCUGCAUAUUGCUGCCGCAAAUGGUUAUGUUCAUGUAGUCGAAUACCUCCUAGAACAACACGUUAAUGUAGAUGCCUUAGAUAAAGAUAUGUGGUCACCAGUGCACGCAGCGGCCUGUUGGGGACAUUUGGAAGUAUUAGAAAUGCUAGCACAGUGUGGUGCAGAUUUAAAUGUGAGAAAUAAAGAUGAUGAAACGCCGUCAGAUAUUUGUGAAGAUCCAGAAAUACGCGAACGUAUUGAGCAACUCAAAACGGAACAGGAAAGUAAACGUUUAGCUGAAGCACAAAGACGCCGUGUCAGGCGUUCACAGAGUAACAAUACAAGAGCACAAUCGGUUCGUCGCACUUCGUUACGUGAUAAAACAUUAACAACCAAAAAAGAUGCAGUUGAAGAAGCUAGAUUACGGUUACAAGCACAAGAGGUUUAUAUAGCACCCGAUAGCACAAACACUUCAUUAGAUCCAAAUGGUGAUAUCUUACGUACAAAUUCAAAUAUACACAAUGAUAAUAUAACAGCAAAUACAGCGAACGCAACAACCACAACAGAAAAUGGCCUUAGUUGGUUAAGUAAAGGACCAAAUAAUAAUAACAAUACCAUUAAUACGAAUAAUAAUAACGAUAAGAAACUGCAACAACAACAACAACAAGGUAGUUUGGUGCUUAACGGUGGCCUAUUGUUAACACAUUCAAAGUCUGCUGAUGCAAUAGAUUCAACGCAUUCCCUAAUACCACGACGGCCACCAGAUGGUCGAGAGAAUGAUGAACUACAAAUGAGUGCCUACAAAACUGGCGGUGGUGAACAUCAACGCUCCACAUCAGCAGCUGCUGUCAUAGUUACAGAUCGUAAUGCGACAACUGCGGGUGCAACUUUGGCAUCAGAAGCUGUACAAAUACAAUCAAGCAAAGAGGCAACAAAUGGUAAAAUAAAUGUGCAGGUGACAGUGCUUGUCGAUACAGCAAGCACCCAUCAUCUUCAUCAACAGCAAGCGCAGUUGGAUUCAUCCUUUGCGGGUGCCACAUUGGCUAAUUUAAAAAAACAACGUUCGUUAUCACGUACAAACGUACUUAAUUAUGAAAAUGGUUCUGUUUUAGGAGCCUCAACUAAUAAUAACAACAACAACAAUAACAAUUUUAUGGGCGAUGGACAUACGAUAAGCAGCCAACCUUUAAGUGGAGGUCUGUUACCAAAUGCAAUAGAUUUUGGUAGUAUAAACAGUGCUGAGAAUCCGGCAUUUGCAUCGUCAGUGAAUAAAUUCAGCGGUGUGACGGGCGACGUGGUCAGUGAUAGUACUAGUUCAAAAAAAUGUUGCACAGUUAUGUAAAAGUAAAUAUUUAUUAAUAGCGCAUUAUGUAUUAAGAUCUUAAGUUUUUAA